AUGGGAGACCGCACUCUAUUCAUACCUCCACAUGUGGGAGACAACGUGUUGCCAAAUCUUCCUUUUUUCCACAGACUAUUGCGUUAUGCGCAACGUAAGCCUUCGCCCAUUGUGGUUCGAGACCUGGUUGCUAGCGUGGAAAAAACAUACCAUCAUCUUGUUUCGGAUGUGUUAGCCUUUCGCAAGGUUUUGGAAAGAUCGCUCAGUCAUGAAGCUCGACAUGAUUUGAUUGCGGACAAGGAGGUAUAUAUUGGGUUGCUUGCACCGGGAGGGUAUGAAUACACCGUCGGCUUCAUCGCAAUCCUUGCAAUUGGUGCAGCAGUAGUGCCUAUGGCUGCCGCAUUGCCAGUAGAAGAAGCCUCGUACUUUUUAUUAAAAGCACGCUGUGUGGCUAUGGUAGCCAGCACAACCAGUGAAAAUACCGCCCAGGACGUGGCUCGCUAUAUGGGAGAAAUUAAGGGCGUUCACAUUCCCUGCAUAUCCCCAAUCGCAUCUCAUAUUCACCCCAUGCUUCUCCCGUCAGAUGAAGCGACUAUUUCCUCCGGCCCAGUUCCAGAUAUGAACGCGGCAGCACUAGUGAUCUUCACUUCCGGCACGACAGGGCCCCCCAAGGGCGCUGUGCAGCGUCGCAGUUAUAUCUCCGGGAAUGGGGAAGCUGACGCGGACUAUUACCAAAUCACAGACAAGGACACAGUCCUCCACGUCCUUCCAGUACAUCAUGCCUCCGGUGUGGGGCUGACUUUUCUCCCGUUCCUCACGGCCGGCGCAUGUAUCGAGUUCCGAAGUGGUAGCUUCGAUACAGCCUGGACGUGGGAGCGCUGGCGACAGGGAGGUCUUACCUUCUUCUCUGGAGUUCCCACCAUAUACAUGCGUAUGAUGAGGUACUAUGAAGAGAACAUUGCACACCUAGCUCCUGAGGUACGUGACCAGUACAUCGCUGGGCCUGUACAAGAGUUCUGGCAUCAAAUUAGGAAUAAGCCAAUUCUCACUCGAUAUGGUGCGACAGAAUUUGGCGCAGUUAUCAAGACUGAACUUAAUUCCGAUGGAACGCCGCAAAACAGUGUUGGUCGUGUUGCUGAGGCGGUUUCACUCAAGCUUACCGAUGAAGGUCAGAUAUUAGUGAAGUGUCCUUAUAUGUUUUCCAAGUAUCUCUUCGAUGAGAAAGCAACGGCGGAUGCACAUGACGCCGAAGGGUACUUCAAAACGGGAGAUAUUGCUCGCCGCGAAGGGAAAUAUUAUUUCAUCCUGGGCCGUGCCUCGAUCGAUAUCAUCAAGUCAGGUGGCUACAAGAUCUCCGCGUUGGAUGUCGAGCGCGAGAUCCUAGGUCUAGAUUAUGCUUCCGAGGUUAUGGUUGUGGGCGUUGAAGAUGAGGAGUUUGGUCAACGAGUUGCUGCUACUGUCAGCCUCAAACAAGAUCAAAGAACAACACUUCAAGGUGAGUUGCCCAAGUCGGGUACGGGGAAGGUGCAGAAGAAGAUAUUGGGGCCGCGGUUUUUUCCUCCUAACUAUCGAGAGCUGCCUGAGGUGCAAGUCUGGAGCAGGGAAAAUAAUGCCAAGUUAUAG